CGAGCCGGCGGCUGGGGGUGGAUCGGAUUGGGCAAAGGCGCGGCGGCGGCAGAAGGUCUUGCCCUCCGCGGAGUGAGGAUACAGGCGGGUGUUUGCGCGGUAGCUGCCGGAGGGGAAGAGUACUUGAUUGGCCAUAAAGGACUUUGAGACAUCCUGAAAGUGACAUGAAAGGCAGUGUAUAAAUAACAAGGUCCUCCAGACCCGGCAACAUCCUUGUAAAUAAGAUUGAAAGAGUACAGAGAAAACUUGCAUCUUUUCCUGUAGGUCUGAUGGUACCAAGCAAACGUUAAACCGUUGUGAGGCUUCCGACCCACAGCAACUAUUGCAGAAGUGCAACAUGUCACAGUCACAGACAAUAUGGGCAUCAGGCACAGAGUGUAUAGCCAAAUACAAUUUCAGUGGCAGUGCAGAGCAGGACCUUCCAUUUAGCAAAGGCGAUGUUCUCACCAUUAUAUCAGUUACCAAGGAUCCCAACUGGUACAAAGCAAAAAGCAAAAUAGGUAAAGAAGGAAUUAUCCCUGCAAACUAUGUCCAAAAGAGAGAAGGAGUUAAGUCUGGAGCCAAGCUUAGCCUUAUGCCCUGGUUUCAUGGAAAAAUUACUCGUGAGCAAGCUGAGAGGCUACUGUAUCCACCUGUAGACGGUUUAUAUUUGGUACGGGAAAGUACGAACUAUCCUGGAGAUUACACACUGUGUGUGAGCUGUAGUGGGAAGGUGGAACAUUACCGAAUCAUUUAUUCGGAAAGCAAGCUCAGCAUCGAUGAAGAAGCCUAUUUUGACAACCUGAUGCAAUUGGUAGAGCAUUACACCUUGGAUGCAGAUGGGUUGUGUACCCGUCUCAUCACUCCCAAACUCAUGGAAGGAACAGUGGCAGCACAGGAUGAAUUCUCUCGAAGUGGGUGGUCAUUAAAUAUGCGAGAGCUCAAAUUAUUACAGACAAUAGGAAAAGGAGAAUUUGGAGAUGUGAUGUUGGGUGAAUAUAGAGGAAACAAAGUUGCAGUCAAAUGCAUUAAACAUGAUGCAACUGCGCAAGCAUUUGUUGCUGAGGCAUCUGUGAUGACGCAACUUCGCCACAAAAACUUAGUUCAACUGCUGGGUGUCAUCGUGGAAGAAAGUGGCUCACUGUACAUUGUAACAGAGUACAUGGCAAAAGGAAGUUUGGUGGACUACCUAAGAUCGCGAGGAAGAUCUGUUCUUGGUGGAGAUUGUUUACUAAAGUUUUCCAUUAAUGUCUGUGAAGCAAUGGAAUACCUGGAAGCAAAUAAUUUUGUACAUAGGGAUUUAGCCGCUCGUAAUGUUUUGGUCUCUGAGGAUAACAUAGCUAAAGUUAGUGAUUUUGGUCUUACAAAAGAAGCUUCAUCUACGCAAGACACCGGAAAGCUGCCAGUAAAAUGGACUGCGCCUGAAGCUCUUAAAGAAAAGAAUUUUUCUACUAAAUCAGAUGUUUGGAGUUUUGGGAUUCUUCUAUGGGAAAUUUACUCUUUUGGGCGAGUGCCUUAUCCCAGGAUGCCUCUGAAAGACGUGGUUCCUCGUGUCGAGAAGGGUUACAAAAUGGAUCCGCCUGAUGGGUGUUCACCUUCUGUUUACGAGUUGAUGAAACUGUGCUGGGAACUGGACCCUGGUCGAAGACCUACCUUCAAGCAAUUGAGAGCUAAGUUGCAGGAAAUCAGAACUAAGGAAAUGCGCCUGUGACAGUCCAGAAUGCCAUGGAACUUUUUUUUUGGGAAAAAAAACUGCUCAAUAUUGAACCGAGAGUGCUGAGACUUUUACAAAGCAACCUUUAAAAAAAAAUUGAACUCCUCAUAUCAUGGCCUUGUGUUUCAUCCUCCCUCUCUAUCCCUGAGUUGUGUACUGCGGCAGCACAGUAUCUCCUUAUCCCCAUUUUAAAAAGCAUGCUUACUCAUCUUUGUCAGGACUCUUCAGUUGUUGUGGUCUUUGUUUUGUGCCAAGUGCCUCCAGCCAAAAGACGGUGCUUAUUUGCUUAUCUAUACUCUGUGACAUUUGUUCGACCAAAAUUUGAGUCAAAAUGAGAUCUAGUGAUGAGAUAUCUCUUAACCAACAUAACACAGUUCUGUGGGGUUUUUUUUGCUUUCCCAUCUAAAUUUGCUUAGCCAGAUUUUUUUUAAAUACUUGUAGUUUUUAUAAAGAAAAACAGGUUUUCAGUUUUAUGUUCCGUAACGCUCCACUGAUUUGAAGUAAACUCAUUGCAUGUAGUGUGGGAAGUAUUCAUUUCUGUAAGUGCGUUACACUCAUUUUAGCUACCAAGACUGAGAUUAAAAUAAUGAAAUAAACCAUUCCACAUGACCAUUUCUAAAUGGCUGUUACGUUUUAAUUUAGAUUUAUAAAUUUGGAAAAAUAAAUAUUCCUGCUGUAUUUGUCUUAAUCCAAUGUAGCCUCCUCAUUGGACAUCAACUGAGAGGUACUGGAAUGGCUUGAUUGGACUCUCGACUUUUCUCUGUUGUUGCAGAUGGCUGUUAACAGGAGCUGAAAUAUAACCAGAAAUUGAAUUCAUGUUUUAUUCCAAGUAUUUUACUCCAGGCUUGUUUGUAUAUGGCAGAAUUACAAAUUUCUGAUUCUUCACCAGUAGACAAAGUCAGCGGUGCUUGUGGCUGACAAAGGUACAUUUGCAACAUGAGAUGUGAAAUAAAGGUAGUUAAUUGCACAGCUGCA